CACCCAUCCCUGUCCGCCGCUCCGGCCGUCUCUCCGCCACCCCACCUCCAUGGCUUACUCCCCCUCCACCCCCUCCCCCGGCGCCGCCUUCGCCGUCGGGUCCUUCCCAGGAGCAAUCUCCGAGGACAGCGUGUUCCCCAGACCCCCUCCGCCAACGCCUAAAGGCCACAUGCCGCUCCCCGCCAUCGCCGACGCCGCGCUCACUGCUCUGUUCGACCGCAUGGUCCUCUCCCCGCCGGUUCCUGUCCUCCGCCUAGGCGCCCCCUCUCGCCUCACAAUCCGCUCGUCCGCGAUUCCGCUGGUCUCGCUCGACUCCCCUGACUUGGCCUCCCUUCGCGCCGCCGGCGACGUGGGCUACUUCCACCUCGUCGGCCAUGGCAUCCCUUCCCAGCUGCCAUCCUCUGCACUCGCUGAGCUGUCUCGCGUCGACGCGUCCGCUAUGCGCGCGUCCAUUCUUUCCACGCUCGGGUUCUCCGCGGAGGCUGAGGGAGUGGACGCCGGCGUCGAACCCGUCAUGGUGUUCGACGUCGACGAGCUGGGGAUGGACGCGCUCCCGGCGGCGCUGGAGUACGCGCGGCUGAUGAGGGAGGUGGGUAUGCAGGUGGUGGGGCUUUUCUCUGGGUCUGGUGGGGUGGGUUUCGGGGAGAAGCCGUUCGCGGAGGAGGGGGGAAGGAAGGCGAGGUGCCUGGUGUGGGUCUCCAAGGUCGGCUCCGGCGAGCCGGCGGUGCCUCCGGCAGCCGGUGACGCAAAGGCGUAUCCGUACGUCCUGGGACUCCAUUGCGAGUGGGAGCAGGAAGCCGGUGCGUCGAGCUGGGUGAUGGACGACAGCGGCGAGUGGAGGGCCGUAGGCGCCAGCGAGGGUGCACUCCUGGUCACCAUCGGUGACAUUGCUCAGGUGUGGAGCAAUGGCAAGCUGAAGAAAGUGAGAGGCAUGGUUCGCCCCACUCCUGCCCCCGGCAGCGACGGUGAAGAGGGCGGGGAGCCAGCCCGCCUGUCCAUCACCGUGCUGAUCACACUGCCCCUGGACAGCGUCGUCUCGCCGCUGCUGCCGCUGUCUGGUGCCGGCGAAGAGGGCGGCGACGUGGAGAAGGAGGAGAAGGAGGUCUCUGAAGACGGUGAUGAGAAUGUAGGCAGCUUUCGCCCCUUCUCCCUGGAGAGCUACGCGUGGGGGCUGCACCAUGAUCAGCUUGAGUCCAAGGAUCCGCUUGCCCCGUACCGCAUCUGAUUAAGCUCGUUCGUCAUGGCUCUCUAGCGUUGGAUUUUUGUUAGACAUGUUCGAUUCGUUAUAGCUGGACCACAGAUGUCUUGUGGUUGUUCUCUAGUUCUUCGUUUGCUGGUGCAUGCUGUCGUUGGCUUAUAUCUCUCUAGACUUUGAGUUGGUCAGAACGACUUUGGGUAAACCGUUUAUUAUAUUAUUAUUAUCAUUAUCAAAUAAAUAUAGUCAUUG